AUGGUGGGGGACAAGAACAAUUCUUGCAACAACAGACCGGCAGGGAUGAUGGAAAUGAAUAGGGUGCCGGCGGUGGAAACAAAUUUGGUGCCGAUGGAAUUUGUUAAUGAGGGAUUUUGUGAGAAUUUGAAUUUGUUAAUCAAUGGAGCAGAUGGAUUUCAAUUAGAAUAUAAAAAAACUCCGGUGGAAAAAAAAUUCCGGCGGGAGUUGGCGACGGUCGACGGUGGAAUGGAGCGGUUUCCGGUGAAAAUUGAGGGAUUUGAUUUCUUACCAAAAAAAAUAUCAAAUGAAGUUGAAAAUACAUCUACCAACAAUUCUUUACCAGAUUUAAACAUUCCUUACCAAAUUCCAAAUGAUGUUCCUCACUUCAACAUUCCCUGUCAACCAAUACCAAACUAUAUUCCAGACUUAAAUAUCCCUUUUGAACAACAACACAGUGACAAUGAAAGCUAUCAAGAUAAUGUACCGCCUGAAGAUGUUGAUCCUGAAAACAUUAUCAACGAUGGUAUAUCAAGAAAGUGUUUGACGAAUACUCAACGAAAUGUUAUUUUUCAAUCUCUACUUGCGAAGAGUAAUAAUGGAAUCAUAAAAAAGGGAGCGAUAUCUCAGGUAGCAUCACAAUUUUCUGUUAAUAGAAAAGCUGUGAGUAACAUUUGGUCGAAGGGUAAAAGGUGCAUGGAAAAUGAAUCAACGGUUGAUGUUUGUAAGAACCUUCGAGCACGCUCUAAACGGGUAGUAUUAACAUUCGAUCAAGUUUCUUCUAUUACGCUUCGAGAUCGUACAACUAUACAGAGAAUGUCAACUGCUUUAAGUAUUUCAAAAACAACGCUCCAUAGACGGAUUAAAGAAGGUGAAAUAAAAGCUCACUCCAAUUCUUUGAAGCCAUUUUUAACUGAAGAUAAUAAAAAGGUGAGGCUGAAAUUUUGCAUUGACAUGAUUAAUCAAGGUACUAUUAAUUCAAGGCCUUUAUUUACUGAUAUGUAUAAUCACGUGCAUAUUGAUGAGAAAUGGUUCUACUUGACAAAGGUUUCACAAAAAUAUUACCUUCACCCUCAAGAAAUUGAACCGCUACGUACUUGUAAAAGUAAAAGGUUCAUUACGAAGGUCAUGUUUUUAGCCGCGGUUGCUCGACCGAACGUCAGAACAUCUGAUGAAAUAUUUUCUGGUAAGAUUGGUAUUUUUCCUUUUAUUUUUAAGGAACCGGCAAAACGAAAUAGCAAAAAUCGAAUUGCUGGAACCUUAGAAACAAAGGCCAUCGAAAAUGUGAAUAAAGAUGUAAUACGUCAAUGUUUGAUUGAGAAAGUUUUGCCUGGUAUUCGCACAAAAUGGCCUGAAAAUAGAUCAAGGGUCAUAUUCAUUCAACAGGACAAUGCAAGACCUCAUAUAAAGCCCGACGACGAUAAAUUUCUUCAAGAAGCUCGAAAGGAUGGUUUUGAUAUUCAAUUACGUUUUCAACCUCCUAAUAGUCCCGAUUUGAAUGUCUUGGAUCUUGGUUUUUUUAGAUCAAUCCAAUCUCUUCAACAAUAA